UAUGACAACGAGGACGAGAACAAGGACGAGAACAAGGACGAGAACAAGGACGAGAACAAGGACGAGAACAAGGACGAGAACAAGGACGAGAACAAGGACGAGAACAAGGACGAGAACAGGAGAGACAAGGACGAGAAGGAGGACGAGAACAAGGACGAGAACAAGGACGAGAACAAGGACGAGAACAAGGACGAGAACAAGGACGAGAACAAGGACGAGAACAAGGACGAGAACAAGGACGAGAACAAGGACGAGAACAAGGACGAGAACAAGGACGAUACUAAUGACGAGAUUCAUCCAUCGGUAAUAUUUUAUCCAUCACUCAAGUCAAUCUCACGGCCCAUCUGA